UGUUAGCUUAGCACUUUUUUAGCUCUAGGAAAUGGCAUUUUUCGAAGCUUGUGGUUCGUCUAAACAUAAACGAUAAUCAUAUAAAUCGGCGAUUUGCCUCUCCCGGUGCCAAAGAUGGAAUUUGUCGCGAGCUCGCGCCCUUGUGGCGUUGGAGGUAUUGUGUGGUUGUUGCCCCCAGUGAUGACUGUAUUGAACCCCGCACGUCCUGAUUAAACUGGUUGGAUGCCCCCAUUUAACAUCCAGCGUAGCUCUCAAACUUUAGAGGCCUCUCAACCAAUCUCGUUUAGAUUCAUCUGUCACCACCUUCCUGGAGGAAACCUGCCAGGACAUUUCGAGAAGCUUCUCUGUAGAAUAUGUCUGGCCCUCUUCCAAGCCGCUCUCGAGUUUACCCCGAUGUAAACACACAGAGACCUCGGGAAUACUGGGAUUAUGAGUCCCAUGUUGUUGAAUGGGGAAACCAGGACGACUAUCAGCUAGUCAGAAAACUCGGUCGAGGCAAAUAUAGCGAGGUUUUUGAAGCUAUAAACAUCACAAACAAUGAAAAAGUGGUUGUCAAAAUACUAAAGCCGGUGAAAAAAAAGAAAAUCAAGAGAGAAAUUAAGAUCCUGGAGAACCUCCGGGGCGGCCCAAAUAUCAUCUCACUGUUAGAUAUUGUCAAGGAUCCCGUGUCCCGUACCCCUGCUCUGGUUUUUGAACAUGUGAACAACACAGACUUCAAGCAAUUGUAUCAAACCCUAUCUGACUUUGACAUACGGUUUUACAUGUAUGAAAUCUUAAAGGCUCUGGAUUACUGCCAUAGUAUGGGCAUUAUGCACAGAGAUGUGAAGCCACACAAUGUAAUGAUCGACCACGAACACAGAAAGCUCCGCUUAAUCGACUGGGGAUUGGCUGAGUUCUACCACCCGAACCAGGAAUACAACGUGCGUGUGGCCUCCAGGUACUUCAAAGGACCUGAACUACUGGUAGAUUACCAGAUGUAUGAUUACAGUCUUGACAUGUGGAGUUUGGGCUGCAUGUUGGCCAGCAUGAUCUUCCGAAAGGAACCUUUCUUUCACGGUCACGACAACUACGAUCAGCUUGUGCGAAUUGCAAAAGUCCUAGGAACGGAGGACCUGUAUGACUACAUUGACAAGUACAACAUUGAAUUGGAUCCGCGGUUCAAUGACAUUUUGGGAAGACACUCUCGUAAAAGGUGGGAGAGGUUUGUACACAGUGAGAACCAGCACCUGGUAAGCACAGAGGCUCUGGACUUCCUGGACAAACUGCUGCGCUAUGACCAUCAAGCCAGGCUGACAGCCAAAGAGGCCAUGGAUCAUCCAUACUUCUAUCCCAUCGUCAGAGAUCAGGGAAGGGGAGCCACUCCUGGAGGGAUGGCGGCCAGCUCAGCACCAGUCAGCUCCUCAAGUAUGAUGGCUGGCAUCAGCUCAAUGACCUCCUCACAGCCGCUGGCAAACAUCGCUGGAUCACCAGUCAUCUCCGCCCCCAACACUCUGGCCACACAAGUCCCUACAGCCACUGGGGCCCAGCCCUGAGGGACCCCUCGCCCAUCCUUGUUGCCCCUCGUCCCGUGUUUGUGUGUGCUCAUGGCCACAUCCUGCCUAGUUUUCACUGUGGCCCCCGCGCCACGGUUCCCCUUUUUAUGUCGACAAUAACAAAGAUGAUUUAAAUUGCUUUUCACAUUCAUUUAUAUUUUGACACCUGGACAUAGCAGAACAUGUAUUGUUACACCUGUCAGGAUUAUUAGAAUUAAUUUGGGUGUGUUGACAAUUCUAAUAAGAUGUAGACAUGAAGAGAAUGGAUAAUAAAAUUUAUUUUGUAUGUUCCAAAUA